UAACACAAAAUAUGAUACUGGAAAAAACCUUGAAACAUUUAUAUCUAGCAGAGAUUCGGAAAAAAAAAAUAUUCCAAACAGAGAAACAAAAUCUACAACCCUUUUGAACCAUGUUGAGAGCUCCUUCCCUCGCAAAUCUGCUGCAGAAAAAAGUUAUGAAGUUUCAAGUACAAUUGAAAAACUUACACCAGAUAAAACAUCAUUCACAGGGAAAGUUGAAACCUUUUAUAUGACACUCAAUUUCAAAAGUGAAAAUAAUAACCCUUAUGUACAAGAUACUAACCUACAAACGCUAAAUAGAAAAUCCAGAACUGUCAUUGGAAUAUCUGAAUUUAUGGAGUAUUGUAGAAAUCAGCUUGGUGCAGUGACUGAAGUAACUGAAGAUGUUUUGUCAGAUAAACACAAAAUAAUGUCUGUUUUAAAUGCCAGUGAAUCAUUGUGUGUGGAUUACAUGAAAGAGAUACCUUCCCAAAAAUAUGUUUUCAAUCAUGAAGAAACGCUUUGCAAAAGCUUGGAUGAUGGAAAUGAUAGAAAGAAUGGAAACAAUAAUUUAUUUACUGAAACAUCUGGUUGUCCCAAUAUUAGUGCAUCUGUCCAAUAUGAUGAUUCAUGUUGUUCCCUUGCGAUGCAAUCUGAAGACUAUCUUAGCUUACAUGUAGCAAAUGAGCUGAAACAGCAAAUAAGUACACAAGAAUCAUUAUUACACUCAUUAAAAACAAUAUUGAGUUAUGAUAUGCUCCAUUAUGAAGGACUGCAAUCCUUCUCUUGUUCCCUUACAAACACUGAUUUUACCCAGGAAAUACCCCGGUAUUCAACUUACCUUUUGUUCUGCUUAAUUUUGAGGAGAGAAAAUCGGAUGGAAGUUAAUAUAGUUUCUGCAAUAGGAAUUAACCUAACUGAACUGAACUUAACUGAAGUGUUGUCAAUGAGCAAAAUCAAACUUCGUGAAGAAACCAUUAAUUCAGCUGCAACAGGUUUGAAAGAGGUAGUUGUUUCUGACCCGACUUGGAAACCUCCACAACUUGAUCUAUUAUUCAGCUCUGCUUUUGAUAUUGAUGGACUGAAGUUGGAUGCCUUAUUAGAAGUGCUCAAAAUAAAACCCCAAUAUCUGCCAAGCCAAUUGAAGUUUGAGACGUUAAACAUGACUCUGGAUUCAUCUGCGCUGUGUCUUUUGUCAAUUCACAGCUUUGACGUUCAAUUCCAUAAUUUACUCUCCUGGAAGGCUAACAACGUAUUUGUUGUCAAUAUGUCAUGUGGAGUUCCUUCCGAAGCGAUUGUCAGUUACACAGAUCUAGUUCAGAUACAAGCUUUCUGCGUAACAGAACAUAGUUGGGAGUUAACACAUAGAAAGGGCAGAGAUCCAGUCCCAAUAGUAUCUGGCAAGAAGGAAACGGAUAAAGUUCAAAUGGUAACUGACACAAAAGGAACAGGUCAAGUUCAAAUGAUAACUGACACAAAAGGAACAUGUCAAGUGCAAAUGGUAACUGACACAAAAGGAACAGGUCAAGUUCAAAUGGUUACUGACACAAAAGGAACAGGUCAAGUUCAAAUGAUAACUGACUCAAAAGGAACAGGUCAAGUUCAAAUGGUAACUGAUACAAAAGGAACAUGUCAAAUUCAUAUGGUAAAUGACGAAAAAGGAACAGGUCAAAUUCAUAUGGUAAAUGACAAAAAAGAAAAAGAUCAAAAUCAAAUUGUAGCAGGCAAGACGAAAACUGAUCUAGUUCAUAUGGUUACAUACAAAAAGGAAACAGAUCCACUAGAAAUGUUAAGGGACAGAAAGGGAAAAUAUCAAAAUCAAAUGGUAAUGGACAAGAAGGAAACUGAUCCAGUUGACUCUGUAAUUAUAAUCAAGAAAAACUACCUGACUGGCAAAAGGACUGCAAGAAAGCGAAUGCCAAAGAAAUUACCAAAACCAAGUUUGAUUCUAUGGGAGUUCCAGAGUGACAUCUCUCGAAUAAUGACUCAACUAAGCAAAGAAACAGACUUAAGGCUUUAUUGGAGAACUAUUCUGAUGGAAUAUUGUCAGAGGACUCUAGAACAACAAAUAGCAAAAGAUGUGUCUCAGAGACUGUAUAUAGCGCACCCGGAACAGUUGCACCAAACUGUUGCUGUGUAUCCGAUAAGGUCAUUCCGUAAUAGAGUGAACACUGGAGAACCAAUAACUCGUGAGCAAGAAAUGCAGUUUGAAUGGCUGAGGUUCAUAACCUUCCACAAUUAUGAAGGUGGAGGUAAUGGCAUCGCACUUGCUAGAAAUGGUUUCUACCAUGAUCACGAUCAAGGUCCUAAUGCCACUCGAUGCUUUGCAUGUGAUGUUGUUUGUGAAGAAUGGACAUUGUCUGACAAUGUGGAACAGACCCAUAGGAGAUUAUCCCCUAACUGCCCACUUCUCCACAACAACAGUGGUGAGGGUACACAUAGAAAUAUCUCCAUAGCAGCGGACGAUGGACCCCAAAGAGCCACAAGCACUGCCAAUGUGAAUGUACAAGAUGCCUCGGCCACUGGUGUAUCCCACUCUCCCACUGCAACCAGUACCGCUCGACCGCCCCCGCCCAGUUCCAUAUCUCAGCCAACUCUAUCUGGUUCCAUAUUCCCUCAUGGCCGUGGCCCUGCCAACUUCAAUCAUCCAGCAACACCCGAAACUAUUCCGCAGUUUGAAGCUGCAGCAGCUGCAGGUUCAAAUGCCUCACCUGCUUUUACCAGCCAGUUCUCUGUCCCUCCGCUCACCAGACGCCUUGAAAAUGGACAGUUAAAUGUGUCUGAAGAGGGCACUAAUCCUAUAGUGGCACAGCCAUUGCAUGAUCCAGAAAAUAGGGAAUACGAAGGUUUCGGCCCCACUGACUUGGACAGUCUUGAUAUAAGUAUUGAUGGACAACUUUUCCCUCCGGAUCACCCUCCAGACGAUAUACUUAUACCGGUAAUCUCACUUGCUGCACAAAGAGUUGGCCGUGUGACAGUUGGGAAUACUGUACCCUUAGUUGGGAGAACUCUACCCUUAGAUGGGAGGAAUGUUCCCUUAGAUGCCUUACCGCCACCAGACUUACCACGUAUGUAGACUUUGCCCUAUCACUUACGCACGGCAUCCAUGUGGAAUUGCAGAACAGCAGUGAGCUCACCAAUGUCAACCAUGCGCUAUUUGCAACAUGUGCAUGUGUACAGUCUGCAACAACCCAUAGGGCUGAUAAGGGGAGAUGAUCGAUGGCGGAGGUGUUUACAACGGCUG